CUUAUAGAUGGAUUUUUUGGUGGAUUCGCGGCAUUAACGGCCGUGAUGUAUGCAUAUGGACCUAUUAUUGGUGGAAAAAUAGUCGAGUACACUAAUGACCUCCUUUCUACAUUCUAUGUCUCACUUACAAUAUCUAUCAUGAUGUUCCUAUUUGUCCUUUUUAUCCUUCCCGAAUCACUUUCUAAAGAGAGGCAACUAGAGAAUCAGAAACGUCAACUAGAUCAGGAACAAAAAAAUGGAGGAUCUACCAGAUUUAAGAAAAUUUUCAAUAUAUUUACACCAUUAUCGAUUUUCUUAACAGACUUUUCACAAAAUAAUGAAAGGUUUCAAACUACUAGGAAUAAAGAUAGGAUUCCAGCAAUAAAUGCGACGAGAUAUUCAUUAUUAUCAACCGCUGGCAUAAGUUUAAUGUGUUCAUUUGCAUUAUCUGGUAUUCAAUCUAUAUUUUUACUUUAUAUAAGAUAUAAAUUCGAAUUGCCAUUAGUCGAACAAGGCUAUUUAUUGAGUGCGAUGUUCUUCACAAGAGUUAUUACUUUAAUGUUUUUAUUCCCAAUAUUUAUUAAGAUGUUUAAAAAGAGACAUUACAAUUACAAGGAAAAUCUAAGAAGGCAGGAAGAUGUUGAUGUAGUGGUUGAGAAUGAAAUAAUAAUUCAAAAUGAGAAAAGAAUGAAUAGAGAAUUGGUAUUUGAUAUCUGGGCUGUUAGGAUCGGACUUGCUAUUGAUGUGGUUGCCUAUAGUUUGUAUGCGAUAGCAACUAAUGGUGUAUUACUUUUUGCAGGAGCUUGCUUGGGUGCUGUGAGCGUAGUAGUAGUUCCUGCCUUAAAAUCUAUCCAAACAAAUUUGAUUCCUCCAUCACAAACGGGUCAAUUACUAGGUGCAUUUAGUGUAUUGGACUCUAUGACGAAUAUAGUUGCGCCAACAAUUUAUAAUACUAUUUAUAGCAUUUUGGUUAUGGAGGAUAUGCCGCAUUUGAUUUGGUAUAGUAUUGCCGGAAUAUUUGCAAUCGGAUGUUUAUUGUCUUUUGGAAUUAAGCCAAGAAAAAGUCAAGAUAAAACUGUUGAAACGGAUAAUGUUGAAAUUAUAAAUUUGUAA